AUGUCGCAGCUGGGAAGCCCUGGCUACUCUACAGACGUUACCGCUCAGGAAUCCCCAUCCAAAAUGAGGUCUUUGGAGAAUAAGGCGAUCCAGGUCAUUGCACGCGACAUGAAGGCCCUAGUCCGGAAGAUACAAGACCUCCGCCAUAUCGGCAUAGAAGAUAACCAGAUUGCUCUACCCAAGAUCUGUGUGAUAGGAGACCAGAGUACGGGCAAGAGCUCACUCAUAGAAGGAAUGUCUGAGAUAAAGGUUCCCAGAAGCGCUGGUACUUGUACGAGGUGUCCAAUGGAGAUAAAUCUCUCUGAGGGUGAGCCCGGCCGGCCUUGGGUAUGCCAGAUAUACCUAUCACGGAAAUACAUGUACGAUGGAUCGCGAAAGCUUAGAGCUCCCAGAAAGGCUCAGCCGCUUGGUCCAUGGAUCGAACAAGAUCAGGAAGAGGAACACUUCAUCACGCUGUCCGACAAGGACCAGGUCCAGGAAGCCAUCAAGUGGGCCCAGCUUGCUAUCCUGAAUCCAGGACAGCCUUCCAAAGAAUAUAUUCCAGGAAAAAAUGCGGGUACCAAUACGCAUUACCAAGUCAAGUUCUCGCCUAACAUUGUAGGUGAAUCAUAUUCGCAAUGGGUAGAUAUCUUGGAGGGUUACAAAUUCAAACUUGGACAUGGCUACUACAUUGUUCGCAACAAUCCGGAUCCAGCGAUCGAACAUUCCCAAGCCCGAGAAGAGGAGGACGGCUUCUUUGCUUCACCUCCUUGGACGGCUGAGGAGUUAGCACCCUACCAAGAUAGGUUUGGAACUCGUCGCCUUCAAACAUCGCUUUCAAGUCUCCUUCUAGAACAGAUCCAAGGUUGUCUUCCAGGGAUCAUUGAGCAAAUCGAUACCAAGGCCGCUCGUAUCAAUGAGGAACUUAAAGAGCUCCCUGAUCCACCUUCUGCCAAUGUUCUAUACAUCUUAUGCAAGCUUCUUUACGAUCUGGGAGACAGGAUUCGCGCUAAUUUUGAAGGAGGCUCUUCAGAUUAUCCUCUGCUGAAGAUCUGGGGCCAUAUAGCGCAGGACUUUAGAGCGGCAUUGAUCCGUACGCGCCCAAAAGUGUCGCUUUUAUCAGAAUUGGAUCGAACAUCUUUUCCAGUACAACCCGAUGGAGAUUCAGACUGCGAAAUGACAUCAGCGCCAAGGCCAGUGAAGCGCAAGUCCCCCAGUGCCUCUCCAGAUCUGCAGACACCGAAACUGGGAGCUUCGGGAUACUUUACCGAUCACUUCAACCAGUUCGUCCAACCUGCUCGAGUGUUCACCUGGGAAAACAUCCGCGAAAUUAACGAGGACUCAUGCCGUGCUGGAAUCCCCGACCAGGCAGAUCCCAAGGCCCUCGAGAAGCUCCGGCAACUGAGUGUCGAACAUUGGGAUGGACCAAUGCUUGUUUUCCUCAAGGCGACACAUAAUCUAGUCAAAGAGAUGCUGCUGAAGCAGCUCAGAGAAGUAUUUUCUCAGUACUAUCAGACAACCCUCUUCAGGGAAUUAAAAAGGAUGAUCGAGAAAUAUCUUAGAGAACUUCAGGAGCAACAUACAAAGUACGCUAUCGAUAAUUACAAUAUCGAACAUCACAAACCGUUCACUAUGGCUACAGCGCAACUUGAACAUGCUACCAAGGACGCGCACCACUUUCUGAGUACUCGGCGCCACCUGGCUAGAGCCGAUUUAUACCUCGAACUUCAGGGAAAGUGUCCAGAAAAUGACAUCCGAAAGGCAGCUGAGCUCAAGAAGCUGACAACAGCUGAACUUGGACCCGACAGGUUCUUUCAAGAAGUAAAGAUGAUGGCGUCCACUCGGGGUUACUAUGAGGUAGCUAGUUCACGGUUCGUCGAUUCUACGUGCCAGGGUAUUCAUACCAGACUUUUUUCAAAAUGCCGAGAGGAACUCGUCUCGGUUAUCGAAAAAGAGCUACAUAUCUCCGAUACAGAUGGUAUGUCACUUGAACGAUGUCAAGAGCUCAUGGCUCCAGACCUUGAACGCCAACGUCGACGCCAGUACCUGCUUAAGGAGAAGAAAAAGAUUACCCAAGCGCAAGAGUGGCUCUCGGCGAUCAAGAAAGAGGAAGACGAGGAAAUGUUCACGCUACCUUUAGUCUUCAGAUCCCAAACUCCGGAAAAGCUCCCCAAAGGCAUAUAG